AGAGCUUCUGGACGGUUUGGAGCGGAGUUCCCUGAGCGGGCCCACGCUCUGCUUUUGGCCCCUGUAGGUGGAAGACAUGUCUCAGGAAGAGGCUGCAGGGGGCUCCAGCACACAGGACCCCGUUCCCAGCCCCCGCCGUGGCUGCGGGCUUUUCCAGGACGACAUGGAGAAAGCUAGCUCCGUGUCAGGCCUGGCACCAGACCUGCCCGGGGCGAGCGCUAGGGCCCGAGUUUCGGCUGGCAGAAGGAAGAGGUUGCUCAGGGAAGAGGCCCAUCGAGGUGCCAGCUGCCAGGCUGGGGGUACUCCUGGGACCAACCUGGAGGCCAAGGCCCGCUUGGUGGCCCUGGAGCUGCAAGCUGCGGGACAAAGCCAGGAUUUGGUGCCUGGCCCUAAGCUCCACGUCCAGCUGCCCACAGUGCCUGCUCAGGAAAGGGCUCAGGCCUCCAAGAGGCUCCAGAUUUCUCUACACAACAUCUUAGAUGAAAAUUGGGCCAGGAAUCUUUGUAGCAUGCCUGUGGGUCUCCCAGAGAGAGCUUUGGUUGGCAGGGAGAAGCCAGCAGGGGUGGAGAGGGCAAGCUGCCCCAGGCCCACAGGGGUGGGAGAAGGUGGGAGGAGUUCUCCAGGGUGUGAUAGGAGAAGCCCCACCCUCGGUGAAGAGGAGCCCCCCAAAAGGGAACUGCUGUCCUCACUAGGUUCAGCCCCCGUUCAGACAAGAAAGAAAAGCAGGAAGUGUAAGACCUGCUCAGAGGGUGGGGAGGGGGUUGGUGGCUUCUUGUGGCUUGGUCAGAGCCUUGGUGGGGACAACCCCCAGCGUGUGGGAGAUCCCCCUCAAGGUGCUGACUUGGAGUCCUUGGGAGGCCUUUGCAGUCCUCUUUUUCCCAAGAACACUGGGUCUGGACCAGGAGAUUCAGAUGGAAGUUGUGCGGGGUGUGCCACAGGGACUGAGAAGUUCAGAUAUUUGACCGAUGCAGAGGAUGGGGCCCAACCAGGCAGCUCCUAUGACCCUGUCGCGUUCCCACUGCCCAAUGGAGGGCUGUCCCUCAGGCCAGCUGCCCAGGAUCCUCCCCAGAGCCCUGCACUAUGCCUGGGAGUGUCUGGAAAGGUUUCCACAGAGCAGCAGGAAGCUGAGCAGGUCAUGGUGGGGGCUGGCGGUGAUGAUGGCCCUGCCGCCUCAUGCACCGAGGAGGAGCUGGAGGUCAAGGCUUGGCCAAUGUCUAGGGGGAGGCUGGGGCAAGGACUCUCUGCUCCCACUGACACCCCUGCCGGCUCCCCAGAGUCUGCAGCCAACACAUCUUGCUCAGGCUCAUUCAUGGGGCAGAGAAGAUCCAAGUGUGCUAAGUUGGGGAGGGUCUCAGUGCCCCCUGCCGAAGACCAGGGCACAGACAGAAGCUCAGACAACUUCAGCCAGGACCAGCCAGCAGCAUCCUGCCCAGGAGGCUUCCCCAAACUGGAGGCAGUGAAAAUGCCCUGUGGGGUGAAGCAUGUGUGCUACCUGGACUCCGGGGCAGUGAUCCACCUCCUGGGGGCCAUCAGCCAGGGCCAGGCAGGGGAGCCUCUAAAGCUGGAGGCUCUGGAGAACAUGAUGGAGGUCAGCUCAGCCUCACCUGCCCAGAGACCCAGAAGGAAGGAAAGGACCAGGGCCUGGGGCCCCACUUGGUGCCAGGAGGGGCUUCCUUUUCAGGAGUCCCGCACUGAGCGGCCAAGGUACGGCCCAGCGGAGGCUGACGAGGAGGAGCCCGGAGAACAGGAUUGGGGAGAGGACUCAGCUCAGAUUCAGCUCCAAAAGGAUAUUGGGGUUCGGGACACUGUGGUCCGUGUCAUGCAGAAGGUGCUGUGGAGUCGCCUUCGGGAGCUCCCAGACCUGAUGCUGAGUGAGGACGUGGUGGAAGGCAUCGCUGCUGGCAUCGAGUCUGCCCUCUUUGACCUGACACAAGCCACCAACUGCCGUUACAAGGCCAAGUACCGCAGCCUGCUGUUCAACCUGCGUGACCCCAGGAACCCUGACCUGUUUCUCAAAGUGGUUCAUGGAGAUGUCACCCCCCACGGCCUGGUGCGGAUGAACUCGAUCCAGCUGGCCCCCCAAGAGCUGGCCCGCUGGCGGGACCAGGAGGAGAAAAGGGGCCUGGAGAUUAUUGAGCAGCAACAGAAGGAGCCGUGUAGCCUCCCGACAUCCAAACUGACUCACAAGGGUGAAGUUGAGAUCCUGCGGGAUACUGACCAGAUGUUGACCCUGGAGGAUCUGGUGGGACCCAUGGUGUCCAUAGACUGCAGCCCACUGGCCCUGCCUCCCACAUCAAAGGAACCCCUGGAGCAGCAGGAGGAGCCCACGGAGCAGCAGGAGGACCCUACGGAGCAGCACGAGCAGCAUUUCUUAGACCCCAGCUGCCACUUCUGCAAGGACUGGAAGCCCUCCUGUGAGCUGCCAGGCUUCUCGAAAGCCAACGGGAGGGUGGAGGGCAGUGUCUUCCAGAGAGCCCCAAGCCCAGACUCUGUGUCCUCUCCAGAGAUGCCCCAAAUCGGGGAGAAACCUCCCACGGAGCCCCAGGACAGGGUUCCUCCCUCUAGGCUCCAGAUGCCUGCUGGGCCCACGAAGGCCCUGCCCAGCCAGCCGCCCUGGGAGGGGGCUGUGGCCAUGUUCUCCAUCAAGCAGUUCCGGGUCAAGGCCCAGCUGGUCUCAGGACGCAGCUGUCAGCUCAUCAUGGCCCUGCCCGAGGUGAUCCGCUCAGCAGGCUGCAUCCCCCCCAACACCGUCUGGGACCUUCUGGCUAGCAUCUGCCCAGCCAAGGCCAAGGACAUCUGUGUGGUCAGACUGUGCCCACAGGGAGCUCAGGACACCCAGAACUGCCGCCUGCUCUACUCCUACCUCAACAGUAAGCAGUGCCAUGGCCUGGCAGCUGUGGAUCAUGCAAGGAUGGUCCUGCUGCCCCUGCCUGCCUUCCAGCCCCUGCCUACCAGACUGCGCCCUCUUGGAGGCCCCGGCCUGGAAGUCACGCACUCAAGCCUGCUGCUGGCUGUGCUGCUCCCCACGGCAGGGCUUCCAGACACAGCGGAGUCCAGCCCCUUGGAGAAGGUUCGCAAGACGGUCUCCUUCAACAGAAAAGUGGAGAUGAGAUGCUACCAGUGGAAGGACAGGAGGCAGGAUGUGGCCCUGAAGGGCUCCCCUCCCUCAGGGGGUACCCUGCAGCAGAGCCAGGGCAAAGGCAGCCUGGCUCCAAGGGGAAUUAGUGCUUGGCAGAAGCCCUCUAGAGGCAGGGGGAGACUGUGGGAAGAGCCUGAGACCUGGCAGAGUCCUGGGCGAGGGCAGUGGCCCACAAGACCAGGCUGGUGCCAGCCCCGACGUGCCUAUUCAGCAGCACCAGCUGGCCAUGGCCAGCACCUCCACAGGGCAUCCUGUCCCCAGCAAGCUCUGCUCCAGCAUCUUGAAUCCCUGGUGAUUAUGAGCCACCAGCUCCAAGCCUCCCUGAGAUCCCCAGGCCAGGAGCUCCUUCCCCCGUCCCCUGCAGCCUGUGGAAUUCUUGGCCUCUUUUGCCAACACCCUGCAGCUCCAGAGCCCCCUGGCCCAGCCCCUGACUCCUGUUUGGGGCCCGCAGAUGGAGCUGGCUCUGAGUGUCCCCUCCCCAGAGAGACCUGA